CGCGCUGAUGCGGGCGGAGAUCCAGGCGGCCCGCGCCGAGCAGCGAGCGGAGCAGCAGUCGGCGCGGCACGAGGAGCGGCUCACCGAGUUGCAUUCCGUCAUCGCCGAGCUCGGCAGACAGCUGGAGCGGCAUCGCGCCACCGUAAUUGCCGAGGAGGACGAGUCCGAAGUCGAGACGAGCAGGGACGCCGAGGGUUCCAUCACCAACCCGGUGGAGGAGAGCGAGGGCGGCGGGGACAACCAGGGAGAUGGCGAUCGUACCUUGGGGGACGCCGAUUCCAGCUGCUGCGAGGACGAGAAUCGACCGGCAGAGAACGAUAGGGAACAGCUGGGCAGUCCGGCCGCGUUGCCGACUCCUGAGCUAACGCAGCAAGCGGCGUCGUGCCAGAGCGUCGCCGUCGCGACGCUGCAGGAGGAGAUCACGGCGCUACGGGCGGAGAUCACGAGUCUGCAGGCGCAGCUGGUUCAUUUCAAGAGCCAGAGUCAGAGCGGCAAUCAGAGGCAAACGGCGAGCAGCGAUUCGCUGCGUCGGGAGCUCAGAGCGAGAGGCAACACCAGCUCGCCGGAGCCUUUGACGGCGCCGUGCUCGCCGCUCCUGCCACCGCUGCAGACACCUCCGACAAAGAGCGUAACGAGAGAGGAACCGCCGGUUCUCAAAAUGGCAGAGAGGGUGAGAUUGAGGAGGACGGACGAGAGGCACAUUACCGGCCCGGACAUCACAAAUUUCGGGGUGUGCUCAACGAUGGUCGCCGAACAUCUCGUGUCGGAUCUCCUGGAGCAAUCCAACCUGCAGGAGUUGAACGGCUCGGAGAAGCAGUUCGAGGUCGAGACGGAGCGAUUGAACAGCAGACUCGAGCACGCGCGGGCGAACAACGCGGUCCUCGCACUCACGUUGCACGAAAGCAAGGCGCAGUGCGACAGACUGAGCUUGUUAGUCGGCAAGUACGAGUCGAACGCGACGGCGUUGCGGCUCGCGCUUUCGUACAGUGAUCGCGCGAUCGAGGCCUACGACGUUCUAGUCGCCCUGCUGGAGAGCGAGAUCGCGCUCUCCACCGAGAGGAACGGAGUGACGAUCGAUAACAGAAGGGCGGCCGAGAACGUUGCGUAUCACGUGCUGAAUAGACUCGAGAACGACUGUACCAAUGCGCUAGGCGCGCCGUGGGAAGACAGUAUGGUCUUGUCGGACGAAUCGGAAGUGACGUGGAGCGUGGAGGACGAACAGCGACUCAGGAGGCACAUCGGCAGGCUGAAGGGAGAACGUACGAUGGUCAGGUCGACGGCGGUCGAGCUGGAGAGCGUGCACGCGGAACCCUUGAACUCGAAGAAUACCAUCUCUCUGGCGGAGGCCAGGAAACUCGACCUGGAAACUGCCGUGCUCAUGCAGGAAUUAAUGGCCAUGCGAGAGGACAAGGCCGAGCUGCGCGCCAGGGUGUUCCUUCUGGAGAAGGAACGCGCGACGAUAGAAUUGAAGUUAAACGCGCGCGACACGCAGAUCGCGGCGCAGCACGCCACCAUACAGCACCUUCAGGGCCAGCUGAGCGACGCCGAGGCCAUGCUCGCGAUGGCGACGAACAAGAACCGAGGCUUGAGCGACAACGAGAGCGAAGGAAUGGAGUCGGAGUUGAUCGAGGCGCUGGGCAGGGAGGCGAGACUGAAGGAACGCCUGCAGGAAUUGAUCUCAACCCUGGACGAGGUCAACAAGAACUCGGAACUCAGGCACCAGCAGUCCGCCGAGCUCGUCAACGACCUGAAGAGAGCAAACGGAGCGCUGGUUCAAACUCUGGAAAAGUCCAAGAAGAAAUAUCAGUCCAGGCUGAAGAAGCUGGAGCAACAGAUGCUGGGAAUGGUAGAGAGGCACGCUGCGCAGGUGAAGACGCUGAAGCAACGAAUAGCCUUACUGGAGGAAGAGUCGAUGGGCUACAAGGGGAGCAUGGCACUGCAGUCGCAGAGUUCUGGCGCCAGCGAGACGUCCUUAUGACAGUCGGGCGAUUAAACGGCAAAAGUGACGCACGUGCAAGCUUAAUAAUCCAACAAUUACUUUUAAUGUCUAUUCUGUCAUUGCGAGAAAACACGGUUAAACGCAAAAUGAAGAUUACAACUCUCUCUCACACAUACACACACACAUCAAUACAUGCACACACACCACACACACAUAUUUUUUUACACGAAUAGUCGAAAGUAAAAGUGCUUAGCUAUUCGCUUUGUAAUUAUAUCACGGUAUAUAUUGCUGCUGUCCUAACGAGAAUAAAAAAAAAAGGAGAAACGACUCGGAGCUAGGCCUACGCAAUGUGUGCAAUUGCGUCGAUACACGAACGCAAACAGCCUAUAUAAAACAGACCCCUCAGCACGUCGUGAAUUACAAAUGAUUAGUUCAGUAGUGUAUCGCGCUAUCGAUAACCGCCGUGUACAUAUGUAUAUUGUAAAAGCAUAAACCACAAGUGUGAUACGUGUAAACUAUAAUGAAAUAAACUGUGCUUUAUAAUAGA